AUUGAGCUUGGAUAUCCAUUUUUAAGGAAAAUAAAUGCAACUGAUACAAAGACAUAUGCCACUAGAACCAUCAUUUUCUUGCAAAAUGAUGGAACUUUGAAGCCAUUGGCCAUUGAGCUAAGUAAGCCACAUCCUCAAGCUGAUAGUUUUGGUCCUGUUAGUAAAGUUUACAUGCCUGUAAGCGAAGGUGUUGAAGCUUCAAUUUGGUUCCUUGCCAAGGCUUUCGUUGUUGUAAAUGACGCCACCCAUCACCAACUUUGUAGCCAAUGGUUGAACACUCACGCUGUUGUUGAGCCAUUCAUCAUAGCAACAAAUAGACAUCUCAGUGUGGUUCACCCUAUUCAUAAACUUUUGCUUCCACAUUACCGUGACACAAUGAACAUCAAUGUACUUGCUAGAAAUGUGUUGGUCAAUGCAGAGGGUAUUAUAGAAUCAACAUUCUUGGGUGGAGCAUAUUUUGUGGAAAUGUCUUCUUUUGUAUACAAAGAUUGGGUUUUCACUGAGCAAGGAUUGCAUCAUGAUCUACUCAAAAGGGGAGUGGCUGUUGAAGAUCCAACUUCACCGCAGUGUCUUCAUCUUCUGAUAGAGGAUUACCCUUAUGCUGUUGAUGGGCUAGAUAUAUGGGUUGCUAUUAAGUUAUGGGUUGAAGAAUAUGUGAACUUCUACUACAAGUCAGAUGCUGCUAUUGUGCAAGAUUCUGAACUCCAAGCAUUCUGGAAAGAAGUUGUUGAGGUGGGUCAUGGUGACUUGAAGAAUGCAACAUGGUGGUUUAAGAUGCAAAACCGUGUAGAGUUGAUUGAAGCUUGCGCCAUCCUCAUAUGGAUAGCUUCGGCACUUCAUGCCGCUGUUAAUUUUGGACAAUAUCCAUAUGGAGGAUACAUCCUUAAUCGGCCAACUAAAAGUAGAAGAUUAAUGCCUGAAAAAGGGUCUGCUGAAUAUGAUGAGGUUUCUAAGAAUUUUCAGAAGGCGUAUUUGAAAACAAUCACACCAAAAAAUGAUGCCCUUACUGACCUAACAAUCUUAGAGGUCUUGUCAAGGCAUGCUUCGGAUGAGCAGUACCUUGGACAGAGAAAUGAAGGUGAACUUUGGACUUCUGAUUCACUGCCAUUAGAGUCAUUCAAGAGGUUUGGAAGGAAGUUAGCUGAAAUUGAGCAAAAGCUCAUUGGAAGGAACAAUGAUGAGUCGUUGAGGAAUCGAUAUGGGCCAGUGAAGAUGCCUUACACAUUGCUCUAUCCUUCUAGCGAGGAAGGAUUGACUUGCAGAGGCAUUCCCAAUAGUAUCUCUAUCUAAAGAGAUUAAUAUGAUUUGGUGUGUUGCGUUGUUGUUCUGAAUAAAAUAUAAGGAGUAAUCAAAUUCCCCCCGUUAUGGUGAUCAUGUUAUUUUUUUUUGUUGGUUUGUCUGUUUGCUCUUGUGUUUUAUUUUAAUGAAUGAGAUAUACUUUAGAUGUUUGUACCUCUUGUAUUUAUUAUGUUUUUUUAAUGAUUUCAUGAAUUUUUAA